GUUUGGUUUUUGCUGUAACGUGAUGGCGGAUAGUUCUAGUGUGCGAAUAGUUAGUAAGAGAGUCAUACCCUACAAGGAACAUCACCGGAGGAUGGGGAGCAGCUUUCCCCGUGUCAUAAAGCCAUUUCCUAGCGGGUCCAUAUGAUUUAAAACAAUCGUAGACUGAAGGAGGCGACCGAGCACCGCAGGCAAGGGAGAGGAACCUCAUGAUAUUAAGAUGGGCGAUAUCUUAAUCAUAGAUAUCAAUAUGGAAUGCUAAAUACACUCUGCCUUCUUCUAACCAACUACAAAUCACAUGACUCCAAGAAUGGGAAAAUCCAUCUAAGAAUAUAUACAUGGAAAAACUAUGAUAUACUUCCCCCCCAUUCUGGACUAUUUUCUAUACAUGAUCUUGGUCCUCUACGAGACAACUACAAUGAUUUGAACAUUACCUUAUCACAUCCUCGGGGACGUAGAGGAAAGAGAAAGCGGAGGGAGUGCCCCCAGCCCGGGCACCGUAAGGCGCUGACCAGGGCUGCGCUGUCCUCCCGGUGGUGGCCGUGGUUGUCACCAUUCGCAGCGGUCCUCCUCGCUGUCCUCCCUCAUCCUAGGCUCCUCGUCUUCUCUCCUAUAUUUGUUGACCUAGAUGCCUCCUUAUUAAUAUAUAUUCUUGCUCCAGGAAGGGGAGGUGGAAUGAUGCAGAGGAAAGUGAAGCCACCCUCAGGGGUUGGUCCUGGGCGCUCCGCGGAGCUGCGCGUUUUUCGAGGCCCCUCAAGUACAGCACAGGAAUCUCGUCUACCUGGAGCACCUCUUAGACGCCAACGUUCCCUUACCAAUCUUUCUGUGUUGACGGAUGCUGAGAAGAAAUUACGUCUUUGUGGCCCUGACUGGUGUGAUGACCUAUCUGCAGUGACCCCUCCGAGGAACCAUACUGGGGGACCAGCAUCCCCUGCCAUGUCUAGGGCGCUAUCUCGCUCAGAACACUCACUCCUUCAGCCCAGGACACCUAGCCGCAUUCCUCGUGGUCCAUAUGCUGAGGUCAAACCACUUAGUAAAACAUCUGACACAACCACUAGUGGCACUUCAGCAGAAGAUUCUACUAAGGAACCCUCUGAUGACAAGAAGACUUUCCUCAAAGUGGAUCCUGAAUUGGUGGUGACUGUUCUUGGCGAUUUGGAGCAACUGCUCUUCAGUCAGAUGUUAGAUCCUGAAACUCAGCGGAAAAGAACGGUUCAAAAUGUGCUGGAUCUGAGACAAAAUUUGGAGGACACAAUGUCCAGCCUUCGUGGAUCUCAGGUAACACACAGCUCUUUAGAUAUGUCAUGCUAUGACAGUGAUGAUGCCAACCCUCGCAGUAUUUCCAGUAUGUCAAAUCGCUCUUCUCCUGUGUCCUGGCGAUAUGGGCAGGCUAGUCCACGCCUUCAAGCAGGGGAAGCUCCUUCACUUGGUGGUGGUCGUCCUGAGCAUGGUGGAGGAGGCUGGCAGUUCUCUCACACUAUGCCCCUCCGUGGUGGUUCACGAAUCUGCAGCAUUACCCAACGUUUAGAACUUUUAGAAUCUGGCAGCCAGGAAUUGAAAUCAGGUUAUGGAAGUGACAUAGACUGUAAGCUGGCAAAAGAGGCGACACAUGAGGAUGAUGAGAUCAUUACUAGUUGGGAUGAGAGCAGUUCCAUAAGCAGUGGCCUAAGUGAUGCAUCUGGAAAUCUUAGUUCAGAGGAAUGCAACGCCAGUUCUUCUCUUACCUCUUUACCAUCCACACCAACUGCGUCACGACGAAGCUCCACUAUUGCUCUACGCACUGAUUCUGAAAAGCGGUCACUGGUUGAGAGUGGAUUAAGUUGGCAUAGUGAAUCUGAAGAACGAGGACCACGCAGGAUGGAAUAUGACAGUGGGAGCUUAAAGUCAGAGCAUGGUUCAUCGCGUUGGCGCAGAGAAAAGAAUGAUGAUGCUCCAAAAUCUGAUGUGAAGAAACCUGUCAGUCUGGGACAGCCAUUGCGGAAAGGAAAAAACCCACCAGUUGGUGUAACAUCACCUAUUACUCAAACUGUACAAACAGUUUCCAAAGGAGAAGCAUCUAAGAUAGAACAGAAAGCAACUGAUAAGUCUAAGCUGACUCUAAAAACUUCUGGGCUUCAGCGGUCAUCUUCUGAUGCAGGACGAGAUCCUCGUUCUCCUGAUGCAAAGAAACCUCCCUCAGGCAUUUCUCGUCCAGGUUCGUCUUUCGGGUACAAGAAGCCAGCUGUCCCUUCUUCUCCAUUAACUGGUAAUUCAGCGACACUAGGUAAAACUCCAAAAUCUUCAGGGAUCCCUGUGAAACCUUCUUCAGGAACUGUAAGUGGGAACCGGAAAACUAGCUUAGAUGUUUCAGGAGCAGCAGAACCUGGGUUCCUUUCUCCAUCUGCCCGCACCAAUAUUCAGUAUCGGAGCCUUCCACGGCCUGCCAAAUCUAGCUCUAUAAGCGUUACUGGAGGUAGAAGUACCAGCAGGCCAUUAAGCAGCAGUGUGGAUGCAAGUCUUGUGCCAGUGCAAGGAAAGCCUGUGGGGACUCCAUCUUCCCGUCUUAAGGAGCCAUCAAAAGUUGGGGGAGGGCGUUUAGGAGUGAACCAAACUGAUCGGGAAAAAGAGAAGGCUAAAGCAAAGGCUGUAGCUCAAGAUACAGAGUGCAGAAUAAAUAAAGCAAAUCAAUUGGAAACAAAUGUGGUAAAUGUGAAGGAAGGAACCCCAACUACCCCUCACAGGGCUAUUACAAAACCUUUCAUGAAGACACCAACCUUAUCAAAUCUAGAUAAAGUCAACUCAAACAGCCUAGAUUUUACUCCUUCAGUGACAGAACUAGUGCCAAGUAAACAACUUGAACUCCCUACAGGUGUUGCUUGUCUGACACCAAGUCCAGCUCCUAUUCUAAACGUCAAUUCAGCCAGUUUUUCACAGGGACUAAGUAACCUUAGAAUGUACCCAAAAUUAUCAGGGUUACACCGUAGCAUGGAGUCACUUCCGCUCACUGUCAGUGUCCCUCCUGCCCAGUAUACUGGAGAUGGCGAUGAUCAAACCCCAGAUACUGGGUGGAAUGAUAGCAACCUCAAGUCACCUGCUGCACAAGAGUGUUCUGUCCAGGAUCGAAACACCUUGCCAAAAAAAGGAUUGAGGUACCAGUCACAUUCUCAGGAUGAACCUAAGGAGAGGCGUCAUUCACACACCAUUGGGGGCAUUCAAGAUAGUGAUGACUUGUCUCCUCUACCUCCACCUUUGCCACUUACUAAUGUAGGAAAACCUCCCUUAGCAUGUUUGGUGAGUCCUUCUUCUGCUCCUCGUAUUGCCCGGUCAAGCAGUAUUCCAGCUCAAGACUCUUCUUUUGAACUUUUCAGUUCUUCAAAUUUAGGGAGUUCAUUAUCUCUUGCUGAUCGACCUAAAGGAACAAUGACUAGGUCAGGCUCAUUUAGAGACCCUUCUGAUGAUGUCCACGGUUCUGUUCUGUCUCUGGCAUCAAGCGCAUCUUCAACAUAUUCCUCUGCUGAGGAAAGGAUGCAGUCAGAGCAAAUUCGGAAACUACGAAGAGAACUAGAAUCCUCACAAGAGAAAGUAGCAGCAUUAACCUCACAGCUGUCUGCCAAUGCAAAUUUAGUGGCAGCAUUUGAACAGUCUUUAGUGAACAUGACCUCAAGGCUACGUCUGCUGGCUGAUACUGCACAAGAGAAGGACUCUGAGCUUUCGGAACUGAAAGAUACUAUUGAUUUACUUAAAUCGAAAAACUCAGAAGCACAAGCUGUUAUUCAAGGUGCUCUUAAUCCACACGAUCCUGCACCCAGGGAAUUGCGAAUAAGGCGUCAGAAUUCAUCAGAUAGCAUUUCCAGCCUAAAUAGCAUUUCAAGUCACUGUAGUGCUGGGAGCAUAAAGGAUAGUGACAGCAAAAAGAAGAAGAAGAAAAGUUGGUUGCGCAGCUCAUUUAAUAAAGCAUUCAGUAUGAAAAAAGGACCCAAGUCGGCCACCUCAUACUCUGACAUUGAAGAAAUGGCAACUCCUGACUCAUCUGCACCAACAUCACCAAAACAACACCAUGGACCACCAGGUCCAGAGACAACUUCUUUGCAUUCCUCACCUUCAUCCUCUGUUAUAUUUGAAGCCCAAGAAGGGGAAGAGCCAGAAAAGAGAGAGGUGUCUGAGUUACGUUCAGAAUUGUGGGAGAAAGAGAUGAAGCUAACUGACAUUCGCCUGGAAGCACUUAAUUCUGCCCACCAACUGGAACAGCUUAGAGAGACCAUGCAUAAUAUGCAGCUUGAAGUUGACUUGUUAAAAGCAGAAAAUGACCGUUUGAAGGUAGUACCUCCAUUACCUACAAGCAAUCUCUCUUCAUCUGCUUCUCCACGUCGUUCCUUGGCAUUAACUCUAACACAGUCUUUAGGAAUCUCUGCAUCAUCAGAUACAGAUCUUUCUCCAAUGGAUGGCGUAAAUGGCUCUCUUCAACGGGAAGUUACAUUACGUACUGUAGUGAGAGUCCCCCCCCAACAUAUUAUUAAAGGUGAUCUGAAGCAGCAAGAGUUCUUAUUGGGCUAUGUAAAAAUUAGUAACAAAGCUGACUGGAAAAGCCUUGAUGAUGCUGUUUGCCAAAUCUUUCAGGAUUAUGUAAAUCAGGUUGACCCAGGAGCUACAUUGGGAUUAGGAAGAGAUUCUGUGAGUGGAUACAACCUAGGGCAUGUGAAGAGAGAUCUAGAUACUCAAGCUUCUGAUACUCUCCCUUCCAGGAACCUGCGCAGUGCUACAACUGUUAUUUUACACUUAAAAGGCCUGAAGGAGAGAUGUGUUGACCUACUUGUGUUUGAGUCACUUAUCCCUAAACCAAUGCUCCAGCACUAUGUUAGUUUGUUGCUUAAGCAUCGACGUCUGCUGUUGUCUGGGCCAAGUGGGACUGGGAAAAGCUUCCUAGCACAUAGACUGGCUGAAUAUUUGGUUGAAAGAUCAGGACGAGAGGUCUCUGAAGGCAUUGUUACUGCAUUCAACAUGCAUCAGCAGUCUUGCAAGGAUCUACAACUAUAUUUGUCCAACUUGGCAAACCAAAUUGACCGAGAGACAGGACCUUGUGAUGUCCCUUUAGUCAUUUUACUGGAUGAUGUUAGUGAAGGUGGAGCCAUUAGCGAAUUGGUGAAUGGGGCCUUGACCUGCAAAUAUCAUAAGUGCCCUUACAUUAUUGGAACUACUAAUCAGCCGGUGAAAAUGAGUCCAAACCACGGACUUCACAUUAGCUUCAGGUUGUUAACUUUCUCUAACAAUGUGGAACCAGCAAAUGGAUUCUUAGGUCGAUAUUUACGUCGAAAGCUGCUAGAAUCUGAAGGCAGCAUUGGAACUGGACAUGGGGAGUUACUCAAGGUUCUGGACUGGGUCCCCAGGCUAUGGUACCAUUUGCAUACUUUCCUGGAGAAGCACAGUACUCCAGACUUCCUCAUAGGCCCCUGCUUUUUCUUAUCCUGUCCAAUUGGCUUUGAGGAUUUCCGUGUGUGGUUUAUUGAUUUAUGGAACAACUCUAUAAUUCCUUACCUUUCAGAGGGAGCCAAAGAUGGACUUAAGGUUCAUGGACAGAGAGCUGCCUGGGAAGACCCAGUUGAGUGGGUUAGAGACACACUUCCCUGGCCUCUAGCACAACAGGACCAGUCAAAGUUGUUACAUCUACCACAACCCAGUAUGGGCACCAGUCUCUCAACAUCACCUCCAAGGGAACACAAUGUGAAGGAAUCACCACCAGCUUCCUUGGAUUCAGAUCCACUGAUGGCAAUGCUCUUAAAACUACAAGAAGCCGCCAACUAUAUUGAAUCACCUGACCGAGAGACGAUGUGUGACACUGAUCUAUCUUCAACCAUCUGAAAAUUUUAAUAUCUUCUGAAAACAGUCUGAAAUAACAAUAGGGAAUCUAUCCUCUAUACAAUAGUCUUGUUGAAGAAUGGGGAAGGACUCUGAUGUACUAUGUCUAUUAAAAUUUUCAUUACCUUAUUUCCCCUUUAUUACCCAAUAGGUAUACCAGUCUGGGUCAGAAACAAAAUGUUGCUACAGAAUGAAGCAUUUUUUUUUUAUUAUAUGUUUUUUUCAUUUACUAUGGAAAUUUUUAAGAUUUAGUAGGAAGUUGCUACUUAGUAUUUCUUUUUUAAAAACCUUAUUUCCUAUGUCUCAUUACAAGGUAUUAAUUAAUUACUGUAUGGAUGGCAUCUUCUUUUGCCAAGGACAAAAGAAGUAGAUAUUGUUUUUUAUAUGUAUACUAGAGCGAAAAUGGGAAACCAGAAUGUUCAGUUUCAAGACUGUUAAUAGUAUAACUGUACUUCCUAUAUGAAACAUUGACAGAUUGCUAAGAUAUCAUUGAACGUUUAAAUGUCAGCUUUUUGAUAAGGACCAAUCUAAUAUAAUGCAAGUUGUCCACACAGUCCAGUUUGAUCCAGUGUUUGAUGUGUUUUUUCCAAACACAUUAAACAAAAUAGUAUCAAACACAUAAAAAAGCUUCAAACUCCAAAUUGUAAUGUGUGGACAUAAUUUAUCAUUAUUUUCAUGAAACAUAUUCCUCAUAGAAUUCUUAUUUCUUUCUACCUUAUUGCCAGUUGAGACUCCCCUCUCAUGCAUUCUCACAGCAUUCCUGACAUUAUAUCUGGGACAUAAGUACUACCAAAUGUUCUUCAAUAGAAAAAUUUUAAUCAGAUGUAUAGUUCUACUUUUCAGUAAGGAAUAUAUGGGUUCAUCGUGGACCAUAUCAUUUCCAGGCACCAUACAGUAAAGAGCCUUGUUAAACAAACAACAACAGAGUAAUUCAGUAGGAAUUACAUCAAAAUGUUAUGUUAAACAAAAGAUAUACUGUACAACUUAAAAUCAGUUUCCAAAUAUUUCUCUCUCAUAUGCAAAUUUAUUUUCCAUUUAUUUAUUUUAAACCUUGUAACUACUGAAAUACUACAUGUUUUGCAGCACUCAGUUUGAAAAACCGCACCCAAGUGACUUAAAGCAAAAGAACAAUACAUUACAAUGUGAAAGAUUAUUUAAAAUUCAGUAUUAUGAGAAUUUCAUUGUGUCAUUGUAUAGUAGCUUUUUAUUUACAAGUAGCCAAAUUAUUUUGAGAAUGUGAUUAUAUUGAAAUGUACCCUAGCACUUGCCAGUACCUGCUAUUUUAUUCACAUUUUGUUCAAUACAACUCAUAUAUAACAAUGGUAUCAACAUUGGCAUAGUCCAUCAAACAUGUUAUGUGCAUCUUUGUCUUUAGAACAAUGUAGAUUACUCAACUCUUUAGAUAUCUUACAACACAAUUGACUUGUUUCGCCUUUAACAACAAAUAUCUUAGUCAGGAAUUGUAAAUAAAUCUGGAUUUAUUUGGACCCAUAAUUACAGCAGAUCUCGUUAUACACCACUGCUAUUAUGGCGAUCUUGUGAAUAUUGUGUAACAGCAUCGAUGAGUGAAAUCAUCUCACGUUUACUAUAAAAACUUGAAAUGCUAACUUUUAAAGUUAGAAGGGGAGACCUUAUGCAUUAUAUAGGUAUUUAGAAAUAGGAAGCCCCCGGUAAUGUUGAUAAGAAAAUAGAACUGAACAUUCAAGUUUUAGAAUAGUUUUAUUCCGGAUGUGUAUAUUUUAUGUGUAACUUCUGCAGGCGUUAAACUAUUGGAAAACUUAGUUGUAGGGGCAUGUUAUGCUGUUUAUAUUAAUGUAUUAUUAAUGCUGACUUUCAAUCAAUUACUUUUUAGUUUAUCUAAAUUGCACUUUAAUAUGAGUUCCACAUUAAUGUUUUUCAGUAUAUGGUUUAAUACAGAUGAGCAACUUCAGGAGGUUAGUGUUAUUAUGAUAUAAAGUGGCUUUGUCUGAUCUCCUGUAUGAGAGCAUCACGUGAUGGGAAGAUUUUGAACUUGGAGAGAUAUAGAUUUGCACACAAAAAACUUGGACUUCUAAAAGAAAACUUAAGUCCUGCUUCCCCUGCGCACACAGGAGAGAAAGUGCUAUCUAGUGCCGUUAACCGUACACAGGUAGGGAAUACGAAAACAUGUACAGAAUACUGAAUUAAAUCAUAGGGAACUUCAAGCUCAAUGACUGUCCCUUGACAGUGCUGUUUUAAUACCAUGAGAGCAAAGAAAUAAAGACAUAUACAUGGGGCUACAGAAAGCUGUAUGGUAUUGGUGCUAAUACCAGUUUGUCAGAUGCAAGCGAGCAUGUGCCGAUGUUAACCCUUUUCUCAUUAUUCUAUGUCAAAACUUGAGUUAGAGACUCUAUGGUGCUUUUGAACCAUUUUGUAGAUGUAUGUGACAUAAAAAAUAGAGAGUAGGAAUAAUAGACUACUAGAAAAAUACCUGCCUACAUGAAUCUGGCUAUUAUGCGUCUGAAUCUUGGACAUAUUUAAAAUGUUUCUCUAAGGGGUUUUUACUAUACAGAAAUCAUACGUAUGGAAUUUAGAAUGAUGACUUUCCAAUAUAUCUAAACAAGUUUAAAAUUCAACAUUUCUGAUAAGGUGUUGUAGGGACAAUCAUAGAAUUGGAGCAGCACAUUUUUCCAUAUUCCUUUGGCUUUUACCAGUAGGUACAGGUGGGGUUCUGUGUUUUCCCAAUACACUGAUAUUGUACAUAAAACUUUAAAAUUGCAAACUUGAAAUUAAAAUAGUGCAAGAUUGGGCAAUAAAAGAUAUUAAACAGAACAUGAAGCAAUCAGUUGUUCAAUGAGCCAUUGUAAACCAAAAUCACUUUGGAAUUUUUCAGUCAAACACUUUUACUGAAUAGAUAUUGUCUUGUGUGAAAGUGAAAUACAAGCUACUUGUAUCAUUCCCAUCUGAAAAAUAGUGAUAUGUCUGUCACCUGCAGUGUUAUAUUGCAUUUAUUGAAAAGUAUUUAUUAAAAAUCAUAAAGUGGGAGAAAUUAAUUAUGAGUAAAGGAUAAACAAUGCAGAAGAAGAAUGGUUUUUACAAUUGUACAGUUGUUUUCAGAAUUCAAAACCAUUUAAUUUUAUACACAAGAUCACAGGUGCUAGCAAGUUAUUAUUUUAAUGUUCCCCCACCAGAAGACCUAAAAUUUUGCUGCUGGUCCUCCUGGUCAGGCAAGGUGCUUAUUAAACCACAAAGUGUAUAUUCACACAGGGCAGUUAUAUAUUGAAAUUUACUUUAAAAAAAAAAAACGGCAUGUAAAUACGUACAGGUUUUCCCAAUUUCUGCCACAUUACUGCCCUGUAUGAAUAUACCUUAAGACAUCAGUGGCCUUAAUUUACUGUGGGACCUACAAAACACUCCCUCCCCUUUGUACACAAGCUCCUCUAUUGUUUGCCUUUUACUUUAUUUCAGGUCCCGGAUGUCUUUAUAACGGAAUAGUAGAGGCAGUACCAUUCUGGUAACAUGUAGCAUGUUGGUUUUUUGAUGUAUUUAUAAAGUUGUACCAUUGGAAAACAUAUAUUCAACAAUCAUUUUUGUUUGAUUUUUUUGUGAAUGUUCCCAGUUAAAAUGUGUCCAUCUCAAAGUUAAUAAUGUAUUCUUUGUUAAUGUUAUAAACUAAAAAUAUAAGUGGAUAUAAUGAGACUUAAAAGGGAACUGAAGGUUAAAGAUGUGGAAGACAAUAAACUAGUUCAAACCACACUAUGUCAAUGAAGAAUUAGUUUUAUAAAAUUACUAAUGUAGACAUUUGUUGGUGGUGACUACAUUUGCCCAAUAAUGCAUGAUCUAGGCAUAUACGUCUUUAAUGUGUGUUUUAAUAAAUUACUAGGAACACUUAGAUAAUUAGACAAGUUGCACCAGGCCCUCCAGUGGCACAUGACAGGAUGAUGUAAUCCAUGAUAAACUGUUCUGUCCCCCCCCCCCACACUUGAAAAAACUUUUGACAUAUCAGACAUGUUUUGAUCAGUCGGGGUCUGAGUGUUCUGAUCAGGAGAGGAUCCGAUCAGAACAAGCCAGUAAAAGUCUGCACUAAGCAUGUUAACUCCUGGUUGUGUGUCACAUGAGAUAAACUUGCAAUGCAAGUCUCUUGGUUUGUCUCGUUCGCUUGCACACAAUCUGUCCUUGUUCUUUUUAAACACUCUCUAGCAUAUGUCAAAUGUUUUCUCAAGUGACAAGUACAAUACAAUCCCAUGUUUUGCCAUUUUUAGCUAUUAUGGAUCUAGCAAGCGUGUUACAGUGUUCCUGCAGUGAAUGUUAAUGUAUGUGUGUAUACCUAUUUUUGAAGAAAAUGAGUAUGUGUGCUUCCAUGUAUGUAUUGAUUGUGUGUAUAUCUGCAUGUAUGAAGUGUGCACAUACAUGGGUGCAUACAUGUAGUUCCUGCAUUCUGGGGGACAGUUAAGGGAUUUUGGCAUCUGUGGCUGGCACACACAUUUGGAAUGUUGGACGUAUAAAACAAUAACAAAAAUCAGAAUGAAGGAGCUUCUCAUGUUAACAUUUUCAUGUGUUCAAGGGUUUGAAAAUGUGUAGGAAGGGAAGGCUACUUAAAAAAGGCCAUUGUGCCCAAACGUGGAAAUGAACUAAAAUAGUAAACAAAGCAUAAAAGUGCCCACACCAUUUGUUACAUAAUAAUUAAUCUAGAGCCUGCAAAGUGACAACCAUUUACCUGUUAUUCCUGUGCCUAUAAUCUGCUAUGGCAUGUAUUGCAACAAUAUGAAGAUCUAAUCUCGAUUUGGAAUGAAAGCUUUCAAUUAUUAGAAUCGAUUCAAACUUUUUUCUGUAUCAAGUGCAAAAUUACAAUAUGUAUUUUAUAUUUUGAUAUUUAUUCACAAAUUAUACAUUUUUACUUUUGUCUAAUAUUUAAAUACAAUUAUUAUGUGGGUGAUUAAAGUUAUUUGAACUCUUUUGAUGUCUUUAACCCUUAAAGCACCAUGAUGUAACUGUUCAUAAAAGACUGUCUUUCAUAAAAGCUACACAAUGUACAGUGGUGUAAUGAUCAUGCAACCACAAAAAUUAUGCCCAUGCUGGCAGCAUGGCAGGCUUUUACUGUAAUGGCCAGUAUCAUAGAAACCUCUGAUCCAGGCUGUUUAACCCCCUUGGAUAUUAAAGUCAGUAGCAACA